UAUCUUGCAUGGUGACGGAUCAUUUAUAUCAGAAACGCAAACCGGUACUGAGUUCACUGCUAAGAAAGGUGAACGAUACAAAACGAAACAUCCUGUUGAAUCUGAAUUAUGGAAGAAAAAAGGACAAAUAGAUAGAGAUACAGUUUCCCAUCAAGAUUACACAAGCAAAACAGGAGAAAGAUAUCCGGUGUCAAAACCACAGGAUUCUGAUAUCUUGCAUGGCGACGGAUCAUUUAUAUCAGAAACGCAAACCGGUACUGAGUUCACUGCUGAGAAAGGUGAACGACACGAAACGAAGCAUCCUGCUGAAUCUGAAUUAUGGGAGAAACCAUGCGAUACAGUUAUUUUAUAUAUUGUUGAUUCAUUCCGGACCGGAACAGUCGCAGAUAGAAUUCCUGGCCAAAAAAGAACAGAUUUGAAAUUGCUAUGCCUUGCAGUUCGGACAUCUGGAAGGUUGGAACAGAAAAAACAAGACGAAUUUGUCGUAGAAACGAAGCAUAAACGCUGCAGCGUGUUGUGUACAGAAAGCUUGAAAUCAGCGUUCUUCGUAUAUGAUACAGCGGAGCAUAGAGAAACAUGUACAGAAAACUGGAAGACAACAUAUACGGAAACGUUUUAUGAAGGAGUACCAGUGGAGGAUGUUCGACGUGUUAUUCAACACGAAAAUAGAAAUUUCAAACUCUCCGAAAGUCAAAGCAUCUAUCGCAUAUCGUCCAUAAUGCCAACAAUAUCCGCAAUGCAAGUUCAGAUGACAUCUACUAAAUUAAAAGAAUCAACGUUUUGGCAGAACGACCAAAUGGAAGGUAGGAUCCCAGACUUUGUGCUGAAGCUGAAACCAUGCCCGGCUAGUAUACUGAUUAAUCGAUCGAUAAAGACGAGCUUGAUCGAUCCCAAUAAUUUCAACUCUCUAGUAUCAAAUUUCCAUUCAAUUUCGGCUUAA